GAAGACUUCAGUUUCAUCAUUCCUUGAACGAUUCACAACUGUUCUCAACAAAGAUCUUACUAUUAAUAUAGUGACAAAAAUGUCUCAGAGGUUUACCGCUAUCACGAUAGGUCUCCGGCAAAAAUCUCUUGCACUCAACUGAACUUUCGCAGGAAGGUGGUAUCUCUGAAGAUAAAAAAUAUCUCAGGAGAAAAACAAAGCUAAACAACGUUUUUUAAACAAAAGGAUUCUAUUAAGUACUUGAAAGAAUUUGAUUUAAAUUUCACUAACCCCCAAAUCACAACUUAUUUCAAAAUGGGUAAAGGCGGAAAAGGUAAGGGCGGCCCGAAGGGUGUCAGCAAGGGUGAUGGCAAGAAGGGCGGCAAAGGAAAGGGCGGCGCCAAGGGCGGCAAGGGAGGCAAAGGAAAGGGAAAGGGAGGCAAGAAGGGCGGCGGUAAGAAGGGAGGAGCGGCCGCUGUCGUGAUCAAGCCCCACGAGCGAUUCGAACGUGUCUACAUCGCCUCUGCCAAGGACGACUCCAUGGUCACCAAGAACAUGGUCCCUGGUGAAUCCGUCUACGGCGAGAAGCGCAUUAGCGUCGAGUCCGAUGCCCUCCCGACUGUCGAAGGCGCCAAGCCGGAGAAGGUUGAGUACCGUGUUUGGAAUCCGUUCAGAUCCAAGUUGGGCGCUUCCAUCGUCGGUGGUAUCCAGUAUAUGCCCAUCAAGGAAGGCUCAAAAGUCAUCUACCUCGGCGGCGCUAGCGGUACUUUUUUAAAAUAUGUAAAAUGAUUGGCUUUUGCUAUUGCUAUUGCUUGAAAGAAAAAACGACCUUCAUUUUUAAUCGCGGUUUGGAUAUAACGAUCGCUCCAUCCACUUUGAUGAAUCACGAACAGUAUCAAUUCUAGUGCUAGUACGUAGUAGUAUAAUUCUGUCCAUAUUUACAAUAUAUAUUCCAUCAUUUCCUUAUCAAGAAUCGACAACACCGUCAACUACAACGUUCCUACUUAUCCCCCAAUCCACUUCAAACUAUAGGAACCACCGUCUCCCACGUUUCCGACAUGGUUGGCCCGACUGGGGUUGUCUACGCUGUGGAAUUUUCGCAUAGAUGUGGUCGUGAAUUGACCAACAUGGCUAAAAAGCGACCGAACGUUGUCCCCAUCGUCGAGGAUGCCCGAUUCCCGAUGAAGUAUCGCAUGCUCAUCGGCGCCUGCGACGUCCUUUUUGCGGACGUGGCUCAGCCAGAUCAGGCAAGAAUCUGUGCUUUGAAUGCUAGCAUGUUUUUGAAGAACAACGGUUGGUUCAUCAUCUCCAUUAAGGCGAACUGCGUCGACUCAACAGCGGCACCGGAAGCAGUGUACGCGAGCGAGAUCGACAAGAUGAAGAAGGAGAUGAUGAAGCCGAAGGAAUACUUGACUUUGGAGCCGUACCAUCGUGAUCACUGCGUCGUGGUCGGAGUGUACCGAGGAGACAAAAAGAAAAAGGAUGAGAAGAAGUAAGGAGCUCGUCGAAAAGUUACUAGAAGUUAAUAUUUCUCGAGCCAAUGUGUACGUGACUUCUUACCUCACACAUUGUUCACAAUAAACCAACAGCUAAAACUGCUGUUUAAAAUGCAUGCAUGAUGUAACUCUAUUAAAAAGUCCUUCCUAGUAACUAUAAUUUAGUAGAAUGAUAAUUUGCCCAAAAAUCUACAUUUUACGAAAGAAGACUACACAUUUAUGUUGCUGGACUACUUCUGCAUUACUCCAUGAUCUGUUGCAAGCUACCGGAACUAGAUGUUGCCAUGAAGAACCCGAGACGCUAU